GGGAAAUCAACACAAAAAAUUGUCAAUAAAAGAUCCAGUGAUUUUGUAAAAAGUUUAAUUUUAAGUAUUUGUAGCUAUAAUUAAGACUUAGAAUGCCGCUUUUCGAGACAGUAUUUCAGGAAAAACCAGCCAUUGUUAUGGAAAUUGGUUCAGCAUACACAAAAAUUGGAUUUUGUGGCGAAGCACAUCCUAGAUUUAUUCUGCCGACAGAAAUUGAGUCCAUUCGUGAUGUGUUGAAGAAAACUGAGAAGAAUCUCUACGAUCAAGCUGUUGAUUUUUUCAACAAAAUUUUCUUUGACUACCUUCUGGUUAGUCCAAAAGAUCGAAAAGUAUCAUUUGUUGAAUCAACCAUUACAACACCAACUCUCAUCCGUGAAAGUUUUGCGAAAGUGCUCUUCCAUCACUUUGAAGUCGCAUCAAUUUUGUUCCUUCCUUUGCAUUUAGUGUCACUUUCAACAUUGGCAAUUGAUACUGCAUUAGUUGUGGAUAUUGGAUAUAAAGAGGCAGUUAUACUUCCUGUAUUUAAUGGCGUUCAGAUCUUGAAAGCAUGGCAGGCACAGCCAUUAGGUGGAGAAUCAAUUCAUGAUGGAAUUAAAGCUAGUUUGAUUCUUAAUGGAGUUAAAGAUGAGAUUUUAUCAGAACGAGUAAUUGAGGAUAUUAAGGUAAGAACAUGUUUUGUUACCAAGCAAGCUAGAGCAGUAGCACAUAGGAAUAAUGAGAGUAUUCAGCCAUGUCCAGAUGUUGAUUAUCCAGUUGAUGGAUCUGAUGUGAUUAAAAUUCCUGGUAAUUUGAGAGAAUUUGCAUUGGAAGUUCUUUUUCCCGAAGAUAAUGACUAUUUAGGAUUACCGUACAUAAUUAUUGAUGCAAUUAUUAAAUGUCCAGUGGAUUCAAGGAAGGAACUUGCUGAAAAUAUUUUAUUGAUUGGUGGAACAUCAAGCAUGAUGGGAAUUAAGUCUCGAUUAAGAGACGAACUGAGGACUUUAAUAAAAUCUGAGUUUUAUAUGGAUAGACUUUAUAUUGAUGAUGUUAAGUUCCACAAUGCACCGUCUAAGCCAAACUUCACUGGAUGGCUUGGUGGAUCGAUUUAUUCAGCUACAGAUUUAAUCUCGAACUCAAUUACUCGUGAGAAUUACUUAAAGCAUCCAAAGAUCCCAGAUUGGAUAUUUUAUGAUGGAUCGUCGACAAGGAAUCAAGGUUGAAAAUUGAAUUAUAAUUAACAUGCAAUUAUUAUAUUAUUAAUAAACACAUUAAGCUUUUAUUAUUUAA